AUGAAGAUCCCGUUUGUGACCAAGUGGUCGCACCGAUCCAGCGAGCCCGCGGGGCCGUCGAAUUCGGCUGCAGCGCAGCAGCAGCAGCAGGCGCCAUCGUCUCCAUCGGCGCCGUCUGCUCCUCCUCCCGUGGCGUCGACAGAGGCGGCAGGGGAUGAGUUCAUUUUGCAGGAGGAAGAGUACCAGAUGCAGCUGGCGUUGGCGCUAUCAGCGUCGGCGUCGGGCGCCGAGGGCGCUGGGGAUCCCGACGGGGAGCAGAUCAGAAAGGCGAAGCUGAUGAGCCUCGGUAAGGGCGACCCGGUCACCAACACCGAUCGUGGUGGGGGAGACACCCCGGAGUCGCUCUCCCGCCGUUACAGGGACUAUAACUUUCUUGAUUACAAUGAGAAAGUAAUUGAUGGAUUCUACGACAUAUUUGGCCUCUCUGCGGAAUCAUCUGGGCAGGGCAAAAUACCUUCACUGGCAGAGCUUCAGAUGAGCAUUGGGGAUCUUGGAUAUGAAGUAAUUGUGGUCGACUAUAAAUUUGAUAAUGCUCUGCAGGAGAUGAAGGAAGUAGCAGAAUGCUGCCUGUUGGGCUGUCCUGACAUUACAGUAUUGGUGCGACGAAUAGCUGAAGUUGUUGCAGAUCACAUGGGUGGUCCAGUGAUCGAUGCAAAUGAAAUGAUCACUAGGUGGUUGAGCAAAAGCAUUGAGCAGAGGACAUCACACCAGACAAGCCUUCUGCAUAUUGGCAGUAUAGAGAUAGGCUUGUCUCGCCAUCGCGCCUUACUUUUCAAGAUUCUUGCUGAUAUUGUUGGUAUCCCUUGUAAGCUGGUUAAAGGGAGUCAUUACACUGGUGUUGAGGAUGAUGCUAUUAACAUAAUAAAGAUGGAUGACAAAAGGGAGUUUUUGGUGGAUGUUAUGGCUGCUCCAGGGACUCUCAUUCCAGCAGAUGUCUUUAAUUCAAAGGGUACUCCAUUCAACUUCUGUCAAAUAUUGGGUCAGAAUCAGGUGGUGGAGUCAGCAAGUAACAUCGAAGAUGACCCAGUUGCAUUACAGUCAGAGCAUAAACGUAACCAAGGGCAUAUGUUUGCCAAUAAUAAUCGGAUCUCAGACAAUCUAUCAAGCUAUGAGAAUACAAUGACCGCUGGAAGUAGUGCUAGGGAACCUGGGACAUUGGACCCUAGGAUGCAAUUAGGUAAAACAUCAACUUUGGCUAGUGCUCCUUCCAAGCAGAAGAAGAAUCUGCAAUUGAUUCUAGACUCUCAUGAAACUGAAGAGUCCCGAAAACUAUUUGUGGAGUUUGAUCCUUUCAAUGCUACUGAAUCUGGGAAAAGCUCAUUGGCAUUCAAGGGAUUAAAUAAUAGAAACAAUGAAUUCCAAAGGCGUAGAGAGAAUGUAGUCCCACCAUCUGCAAGAUCUCAACAGCCAUUGGUGAUGAAAAACUGGUCUGCUUGCAAUGACAUUUCCAACAACAAGCAAUACAAUGUUGCUGAUGGGUCAGUUCCUCGGAGAAAUGCCACUGACAAUGCAUCGUCAUCUCAGUUGGCGUUGUCAACUGCAAAGCAUUACAAUUCCAAUGUUAGAGAGCUAAACGAUAGAGUGUAUGCGGCACCUGCUCGUUUUUAUGACAACAGGAUAGUUGGUACCUCGGCUAUGGCCAAAGCAUCGACUGGAGAGUGCCUUGACAGAUCACAGGUGCCACCUGGUCUUUAUUAUGACAAGAUGCUUGGUACCUCUUCUAUGAAUGCAGCUUCUACAUCUGGAACCGGGAAAGUUGCAGAAAAGGACCCUCAUAAUGAUCCGGGAAAAGGUCCCCUCUAUUCUAGAUUUGAUGGUGAACUUUCUAAAAAUGCUCAAGGAUUUACUCCUGAAAGGGAUGAGCACAAGGAAAAUUGUGGCAGUCAUGACCACAAAGUGUUACAUCCUGAUCCAAGAAAGUCCCCUCUUGACAGAUUCAUGGACAGGCCAAGGCAGAACAUAGAAUGUGUUUCUCCAUCCCAAGUUGGAUCAAAUAAGGCUGACAUGGUGUUGGAUGAAGUGUUUGAAUGUGAAAUCCUUUGGGAAGAUCUUGUAAUCGAUGAAAGAAUUGGCAUAGGUUCAUAUGGAGAAGUCUACCAUGCUGAUUGGAAUGGAACUGAAGUAGCUGUAAAGAAGUUCUUGGAUCAAGAGUUCUAUGGUGAUGCUUUAGAGGAAUUUCGUUGUGAAGUGAGGAUUAUGCGUCGGCUCCGUCAUCCAAAUAUUGUUCUCUUUAUGGGUGCAGUAACACGGCCUCCACACUUAUCUAUUGUAUCAGAAUAUCUUCCAAGGGGAAGCUUAUAUAAGAUUAUUCAUCGCCCUAAUUGCCAAAUCGACGAGAAGCGUAGGAUUAAAAUGGCCCUUGAUGUGGCCAGAGGCAUGAAUUGUCUUCAUACCAGUGUGCCAACAAUUGUUCACCGGGAUCUAAAAUCACCAAACUUGCUGGUUGACGAUAAUUGGACUGUGAAGGUCUGUGAUUUCGGACUUUCACGUCUGAAGCACAGUACAUUUUUGUCAUCAAAAUCCACUGCCGGGACUCCUGAGUGGAUGGCACCAGAGGUUUUGCGGAAUGAGCAAUCCAAUGAGAAGUGUGAUAUUUACAGCUUUGGUGUUAUCCUGUGGGAGCUAGCAACACUAAGAAAGCCAUGGCAUGGGAUGAACCAAAUGCAAGUUGUGGGCGCAGUUGGCUUCCAGGACCGACGGCUUGACAUUCCAAAAGAAGUUGAUCCUAUAGUUGCAUCAAUUAUACGUGAUUGCUGGCAGAAGGAUCCAAACUUGCGUCCUUCUUUCAUCCAAUUAACUAGCUACCUGAAGACAUUGCAAAGGCUUGUAAUCCCUUCACAUCAGGAGACAGCGAGCAACCAUGUACCCUAUGAAAUAUCUUUAUAUCGGUGA